CCGGCUUGGAAAGUUUGUGGAGUUUGCAUCGGAGUUCGCGUGUUGUGGUGGUUGAGGUAGGGGCUCGGAGGUGGCGGGUGCAAGCCACUUAUACUGGGGUUUGGUGUGUGGCCGUGUGAUGCUAGUCUGAGCCGGUAGUGGGCCUCCGAGACGCGCGCCGCCAUGUCGGCCUGGAGCAGCCCGGGCCUGGUCGAGGACGACCCCUACUUCAAUAACAUGGACGCGCGCCUCCAGAAGAUCGAGAAGCAGCGCCGUCUGAUCGAGGAGCGCCAGAAGAAGAAGCGCCAGACGCCGACCGUGCUGCAGCCGUCGGACCGUGCGCAGUCAGCGCGUGGCCGACCCAGCUCGGCGCUCUCCCGACCGGGCACGGCCAACGGCGGCGGCCAGCGCGGCCUGCACGGCCACGACGGCCCCAUGCAGUUCACCUCGGAGCGCGACGACCCGGACACGCUGACGGCCGUGGAGGUGACGCCGCUGUCGCGAGCUGGGCCCGGCGAGGACGAGCUCGACCUAGAGAGCGAGGAGAUCCUCGGCUCGUCCACGGGCCGCCGCUCGUCCGAACUCGGCCGCCAGCUGCGCACGCUCAACCUGUCUGUGGACGAGUCUGAGGAGGAGGACGGCGAGCAGUCGCUGCCGGUCAUCCCGUCGGUGGCCGAGUCGCCGGCGCCGGCUGCCGACAGUCCGCCGGCGCGCCGCCCGGGCAGCGCUGAGUCGGGCACCGCCUGGGGCGACCUGGCCGCGGGCGUCACCACGGCUGACUCGGCCGACAGCCUGGACGACUUCGUGCUGGCGCCGGCCGCGCAGGGCGUGCAGAUCAAGUGUCGCAUCACGCGCGACCGCAAGGGCAUGGACCGCGGCCUCUACCCUACGUACUUCCUCCACCUGGAGAAGGAGGACGGCAAGAAGGUGUUCCUGCUGGCCGGCCGCAAGCGCAAGAAGAGCGCCACCAGCAACUAUUUGAUCUCCACCGACCCGACCGACCUGUCGCGUGGUGGCGAGGCGUUCGUGGGCAAGCUGCGCUCCAACCUGCUCGGCACCAUGUUCACCGUGUACGACAACGGCGUGCCGCCGAACAAGGUGCGCGCCGGAGACGGCUGCGAGGAGCAGCGGCCGCGUCAGGAGCUCACCGCCGUGGUCUACGAGACCAACGUGCUGGGCUUCAAGGGGCCACGCCGGAUGACCGUUAUUAUACCGGCGAUGACCACCGACCACAAACGCAUCCCCGUGGAGCCGGUCACCGAUGCCGAGAGCUUACUGGAGCGGUGGAGGAACAAGCGGACGGACAACCUGCUGGAGCUGCACAACAAGGCGCCCGUGUGGAAUGAGGAGACGCAGUCGUACGUGCUCAACUUCCACGGGCGUGUCACACAGGCGUCCGUGAAGAACUUCCAGGUGGUGCACGACAACGAUCUCGAGUACAUCAUCAUGCAGUUCGGCCGGGUGGCCGAGGACGUCUUCACCAUGGACUUCCGCUACCCCAUGUGCGCGCUGCAGGCAUUCGCCAUCGCGCUGAGCAGCUUCGACGGCAAGCUAGCCUGCGAGUAGGCGACCGAGGCGGCGUGCGACGCCGCACCCACAUUCCGAGGGCCGCUGCCGGCUCCGACGAGCGCCGACAGCCGAUCUAGUCAACGAGAUGAUUCACGCCCGGCCAGCUGCCGUGGCAAGCAGAGAUAGGCGAAUACUCGGGUAAUCGAGAACAGUGGUCGUUGUUUUAUUCCAGCUCCGUCUGACGAUGUGUCACUGGGUUACCAGCUGCUGCGGCGGCACUGUCGAAUCCGAAUUGUGAUGGUCGGCAGCGGAUCUAUUUAUGAGAUUAUGUCGUCCUCAUGACGUGACUCACGUGAGGUAAAUCUGGAGCGUGCACUUCGUUUGCGCUAAUUUUAACUAUACCUGCUGUGGUUGUUUCCGCGUGUGUCUUUUAUGACGAAACAACCUAUUCGGUAAAUCGUUACGGUGUCCUACGAGCACAAACUUGGUCCUGAUCAGCGUUACACCCUGCCCUAAAUCAAGUCUAGUCAUGUGUCCGAUUCCGGCGGGGAUGACGUCACGCGAUGGCCGACUCUGCCGAGCGGCGCCAGUCCGUCCAUUUGUUGUUAGCACCCGUGCUGGAUGUUAUGGCAAAUACACAACUCGCAAAGCCA